AUGACAACAGGAUACAAGGUGGAGGUGGAGGCAGAAACGACGCCUUCUACACACAUUCAAGGCGCAAGACUUCACACAAUUACUGCUGCCCUUGCCGUUUGUCUAUUUCUAACUAAUCUGGAAAUCCCGAUCGUGACAACCGCCUUGGUUCGAAUCACCGGGGAAUUGGGAGGUCUGAAUAAAAUAUACUGGAUUACUACAGCGUAUAUGCUAGGAUAUGCCGGACUGCUUGUCAUCUCGGCCAAGUUCAGCGACAUAUUUGGCCGCAAGUCAUGCCUACUGGUCGCUGUUUUUCUCUUCGUGGUGUUUUCCGGGGCUUGCGGGGCAGCCCAAACCAUGGAGCAACUGAUCGUCUUUCGUGCUUUUCAGGGUGUUGGCGGAGCGGGCAACUAUUCUCUCUGUGCUGCCAUUCUGCUGGACCUGGUCCCGACAGAGAAAUAUGCGACGUACAUGAGUUCACUAUCCCUGGUAUACGCGAUAUCCUUACUAUUUGGACCUCUGAUGGGAGGGGGUAUCUCCGACUCGUCCACAUGGCGCUGGGUGUUUCUGUUGAAUGUCCCUCCGGGCGCACUGGCUGGGAUAGGGCUCGCUCUGGUCCUGCCCAAUCGGUUCCCCUAUCACAACGAACCAUCCAAGGAGAAGACAAUGUCAUCCGUGCUGGCAUCAUUGCGGCAAAUGAUUCAGAGAGUCGACUUACUCGGCUCCAGCUUGCUGUCUUCUUUCUCUGCCAUUGUUAACCCGGCUAUCUCAUUAACUGGCAUCUCUGCCACCCUAAGAAAUUCCGUCUGUCUGGGGGCAGUGUGGUUCUCGACCAUGUUCCAGUUACCCCAGCGGUUCCAAAUCGUCAACCAGCUUACGGCUUUCCAAGCGGCUGUCCGAUUCAUCCCUUUCACCGUGGCGAGUCCCGUGGCAUCCGUCCUGGCACCGGCUAUCGGAAAAGUGUUCAAGAUUCCGCUGCUAUACCUGGUAAUCUUCGCGUCUUUGCUGCAGGUGGUUGCUUACGUCCUUCUGUGCACUCUCCCCGACUCACUGUCGAUCACCUCGGCGCAGUAUGGAUACCAGGUCCUGGCCGGCUUCGGGUGUGGCAUCAACAUCACCCUGCUGAUCCUGAUGACACCCUUCACGAUCGAAAAGCGAGACAAUGCAGUCGCCAUGGGGGCCAUUACGCAGUUCCGAGUCAUGGGUGGUUGCAUUGGAAUUUCUGUGCUGACGGCAGUGGCCAAUGGUUACCUGCAGUCUCACUUGCAGCAAUGGCUCACCCCGACCGAGAUGCAGUUGGUCCUGCACUCCGCGGAAAGCCUUUCCACUCUCCCAGCGUCAGCACAAAGCCUAGUUCGCGGGACCUUCUCGGCCAGUUACAAUCUGCAGAUGAAAAUUUUGGCGGGGUUCGCUGGGGGCCAGGUUCUGGCCUCGGUGCUUAUGUGGCAGAGGGAACAAAUCAUCGUCUAA